AUGGACAUCCUUCAACAGUCCUAUAAUUAUGGCAAAUCACCUCUUAUCUCCUCAUCUCUACGCCAGCCAUACAAUACCUAUUUGUUUGGCGGUAGCAUUUCCCAUUCUCUGUCACCCCUUCUGCACGGAGUGCUCUUUGGAUCUCACGGUACAUCUUGGAAAUUCCACCUAGCCCAAACAACGAACAAACUCAAGUUCAAGGACAAACUUGCUGCUUCGGAUACAAUCGGGAUAUCGAUUACCAUGCCCAACAAGGUUACAUUUGGACCUCUUUUAGACGACUUAGCUGAGCCCGCGCGCGUGAUUGGAGCUGUUAAUACUACGUUCGUCCGUCUUAGUCCUGAAGGAAAGCGGCGACAUAUCGGAACAAACACAGAUUGCGUUGGAAUACGUGAAGCUAUCUUCUCAAAUGAACCCGAUGUGGUCACGGUGGCAAAGGGGAACCCCGCAAUGGUGAUAGGAGGCGGUGGGGCAGCACGCAGCGCCAUUUAUACACUGUGGAAAUGGUUCUCACCGUCAGAGAUAUAUAUCGCCAAUCGUUUUCGAUCUGAAGUAGACGAUAUUAUGGCACACUUUGAAAAGGAGAUGCCAGGUAUUCGAUUAAGAUACAUUGCUGAUGUGGCAACUGCAGAGGCACUUCCCAUCCCGUCAAUUAUCGUGAGCACGAUCCCAGACUACCCUCCUUCACAGCCCGAAGAAAUUCUUUGCGCUCAAGUCUGUGAGAGGAUAAUUCAAAAAGCUGGAACGGGACUAUUUGUCGAUAUGUGUUACAUGCCAUCUCCAAAAACGAGGCUUCUGAAUACAGCUAGUGGGAGAGGGUGGAAAACCAUUAUGGGGACAGAUAUAUUGGUCAGAGUUUGUAUUGCGCAGCAAAUUCUAUGGUUGGAACGAUUACCGAACGACGAGGGGAUUACAAGUGCCCUUAAAAGUAUUGUCUAUCCAAGGGAAAUUGUCAACCCUCCAAAGCUGUAG